AUGAAGAUUCUUACUCUUGUUCCUGCUUUUCUUACCACAGUUGCUGCUGUCCAGCCACAGGGUAUAAUUGAGAUUGAGUGGUCAAGCAAUUGCGGGUACGCGUCCAAGGCGACCAACCCCUCUAUACCCCCCGCCAAUCCCACUGUGAUUGAGACACCCAAGAUUGCCUCUGCUCAAGCAGAAAUUCCUAAUCCAGUCCCAACCAAUGCCCCUGUCGUCGAUACCUAUCCCCCCAUCCCCUCUGCUGGGUCUACAACCAAGAACGAACAAGUUCCUGAUCCUGGUGUUUCCUCACCUUAUCCCUCACCCUCCACUCCUGUUUAUUCCCAGCUGGAGCAAAAGUCUGAGCUAAAGACUGGGGCUGCGAGUCCCUACGGCGAUGUGAAAUCUGGCAACAUUACUUUUUAUGAUGUUGGGAUGGGCGCCUGCGGUCAGAAUUCGAGUGGGCAAGACGAAAAUGGCAGCAUCGUAGCAAUCUCUGGAGAUGUAUAUGAUGCAUCCAUGAUUGACAGUAACACCAACAACAACCCCUUGUGUGGUCGAACUAUCACCAUGAAAGGAUCUAACGGCAAGACUGCUCAAGUUCCUGAAGCACCGGCAUGUUUAUCGCCCUACAAAAUCCCAAGAAAGGCGGAGUGUGCAUUACAGGACCCUUGA